UGCUGCUCACCUGGAACAGCGCAGCGUGCAGUCAGACAGACAGACAGACAGGAGGACAGGCAGGUAGACAGGCAGGUAGACUGCACGGAGGAGCGGAGCCGGAAGAACGAGCAGGUCGACCUCUCCUGAUUGUUGCCUACUUUUUCCAUAGUUACCCCAGGCGCUUUCAAACCUGCCCUGUUUCCAUUACGCGAUUAAUGUAUGAAAGUGAAGCGGCAGCAGAGGAAACAUGACGGAGAAAGGGAAGAAGCUGAUCCUGAUCGCGGUGGAUAUUCUCUGUGUUUUUGUUGCUGCUCUGCCCUCUGCCAUCCUGACUCUGAUGUUCUCUCCGUACCAAAGAGGAAUCUACUGCGAUGACGAAAGCAUCAGCUACCCCUACAGGAGAGACACCAUCUCCCAUGGAGGCAUGGCUGCCGUCACCAUCAUCUGCUCCAUUGUCAUUAUCACUACAGGAGAGGCCUACCUCGUGCACACAAAGCGUCUGCACUCCAACUCCCAGUUCAACCAGUACUUGUCCGCUCUUUACAAGGUGGUGGGCACCUUCCUUUUUGGAGCAGCCGUCAGCCAAUCACUGACCGACCUGGCCAAGUUCACUAUCGGUCGACCCCGUCCAAACUUCUUAUCCGUUUGCAAUCCAGUCAGCUGUAACGGAUACAUGCUGCAUAUCAACUGUACUGGCAACCCUCGCAAUGUGACUGAAUCAAGGUUAUCAUUCUAUUCGGGCCACUCGUCCUUUGGGAUGUAUUGCAUGCUCUUUCUGUCGUUUUAUGUUCAGGCCCGGAUGCAGGGGAAGUGGACACGACUGGUCCGUCCGACCAUCCAGUUCUUCCUGGUGGCGUUUUCUCUCUAUGUUGGAUACACACGAGUGUCUGACUACAAACAUCACUGGAGCGACGUGCUCGUGGGUCUGCUGCAGGGGGCGCUCAUCGCUGUGCUCACUGUUCGAUAUGCGUCCGACUUCUUCAAAAAUCGCCCCCCUCGCUGCACACGACAAGACACGGCAGAGGUUGAACACCUGGAGCGCAAACCGAGCCCGCAGCCUCCCGACUCGCAGCACGGAAACCACUACAGCUACUCUGGACCUGUAUGAGCUCCUCACGCACAGCUGCUUUUUUUUUUACUAACCUCCACUAUCUAACAGCAGCUCCUUACCAAAGAACUGUGACUUGUACAGACAACUUCAACAAACACAAAACGGCAAAAACCACUACCUGGUGAUCCUGACGAGACCUUCUCCCCACAAGUUUUACAGCUAUGAAAACGUUCAGAUUCCCAAAACCUGUUGGAACAGAAGCUCCAACGUCUCUGUGUCUUUUUUAGUCAGGGCGUGUGAUGCCAAAAUAUGUGAGUGAUUUUGUUGUGUGUUUUUUUAGAGUACAUGUGUAGCAUGUUGUCUACAAUUAUAUCUAUUUUAUGAUUUUUUUUUUUUUUUUCUUUUUUAAAUCUGUGGUUUGAAAAGAGUUUCAGAUUUGAUGCUGUGAGUUAAACUGAAAAGUGAAAGCAAAGCCUGCUAAAGAGAUCUGUAAAUAAAAUAAAAACACCAACCAAAGAUUUCUUUGUGUCAUUGGCUGGAGUGACAAAAACCUUUUUCGAGGCUGAAUGUCUCAAAGACACUGGAGCUAAAGUAUAUCCGCCAUGUUGUUUUUCUCUGCAUGUGUCUGUAUUUUUACUUUCCUUAAAAGAUGUGCAUGUGUAAUGAUGAUGGAUUGCUUUAAUGAUAUACAUGAAUAUGUAUAGUACUAACAUUUUUAUCAUGUCUGUAACUACUGUAUCAAAUAAAUUGUGUAGCCUUGUUUUUUUUGCUGUGAUGUUAAAGUGCAACUUUUUGAGCUGGCGACAAAGUUCUGGAAAUUUGACAUCUUCUGUUUAUGAUCAAUUUCAUUCAACUAAUCGUUGAAAAUGGAACGAUUAUGUUUAUCCCUUUUAAGCAUUUUUUUUGAGGUUUUUGUAUCAAGUGUGGAGAAAUUUCAAGUCUGACUGACACAAACCCCAACACACAUUCCUGGACCUCUUCCUCUCCUCCUUACAAAAAAACCUUUGUGUAAUCUAUUAUGCAACGCCACAUAAUGUAAUAAUUUCCCCCCCUCCGCCUUGUUUCAUGUAAUUUCUCCUCAAUACUAGCCAGCAUGUCAUCUGAGUGCUUACUUAACUUCAGCAGCCAUUAAAAAAAGAAAAGAAAUGUAAAGACGUUGUUUAGUGGAAAGAAUUCUGAUAUUUAAGACGUUUUCGUUUUCAGUGACCUAUUUCCACGCUGUGUUCUCUGUGAAAACAAGAGCACAACACACUGACGCAGGGUUCAUGUCUGGACCUGCUGCUGAUGCUUGUGGGAUUCCUCAGCGCUAAAAGGAAUGAGGCUGUUUGAUGAUACGUACGAGGUGCUUUAAAAUCAGGAAAUAUCUGUUCACAUUUACAACGAAUAUUAUCUAAAGGCCUUGUUUAUUUACUGCUCAUCUUUAAGGGUUCAUUUUGAUUCAUGUUUGUAUCCACCUGAUGUACAAAAGUAAAUAAACUAUUUUAGUGUCCACUUA